AUGGCACAAGAACCCAUAAAUCCAGAAGAGGUUGUUUUGGCAGAAGAAGUGAACCAUGCAAGGUUGAUCACCUUAAACCGGCCUCGCCAAUUGAAUGUCAUUUCAUCCAAAGUGGUUGUUUUGCUAGCUGAAUUCCUUGAAAAAUGGGAGAAGGAUGAUGAUGCAGAGCUUGUGAUAAUUAAGGCUACUGGACGUGCUUUCUCUGCUGGUGGGGAUCUAAAGAUGUUCUAUGAUGGGAGGUCAGAUGAUUCCUGUCUCGAAGUUGUGUAUAGAAUGUAUUGGCUAUGUUAUCACAUUCACACAUAUAGGAAAACCGAGGUAGCGCUUGUUCAUGGACUUGUCAUGGGUGGAGGUGCAUCACUGACUGCUCCAUUAAAAUUCUCGGCUGUCACUGAGAAGACUCUUAACAAGGAGGGAGUAUUGCUUUUGCAAGGAUUGGAUUCCAAACUCUCCAAGGGAGAUGGUAUCCAAGCCUGAAAUUGGACAAUCACAAAGGUUUUAUGCAUGAAACAAAGUUAAUUUUUACCUUCCUAUGUUGCUUUAUUAUUGAUUCCAUGUAGCUUUUUCUUUCUUCUUUAUAUAGUUUCUAUGAUGAUUUGUAUUUUUUUAAAAAGGUUUCUGGGAUAUCAAGCUGAUAUAUAUGGAUGGACCAGCCUGAUUUUUUGAGGUUCUAUAUUUUUCUUUCUUUCUUUUUUUUUUUUUUCUCUCCUGAUUUUAGUCCUAAACAUAUGCAUUUCUAAAUCCUGAUUCUACACAUCUCAGUGUGCUGGAUUGAAUAGUUCAUCAUUUCUUUGUAGGACUAAUUUAGGAGUCGUUGGACCCCCUACCAAAUCUUAGCAAUCAAUACAAUUCAUCUGGUGGCCCCAAUGGUAGAUGGCCCACUGUGAGAAAAUCAUGCCAAUUACUUGAUCUUGCUCAU